AUGGUUCAAUCAUCGCUUGUUGAUCCCGAUACGAUCGAGCAUGGUGAUGAUGCUCAAGUGGUCAUCACGAUUCGCACCUUUUCUAUUAGCUCACCUGCAGCUGCCAGCUGGUCCCUGUUCAAGCUACCGUUCCCAUUUUGGGUGCCAACCAAUGUCCAACAAACCAUGAUGAUUCAAUCGAUUCUACUACAUGGUGGUAAUGCAGUGGAUGCAGCCAUUUCGGCUAUGGUUUGUCUCUCAGCCGCUCUCCCUCAUCGAGGUGGACUUGGAGGAGGAUUCAUGGCUACGAUCUACCGUAAUUCUACCUGCACUAGUAUGAAUUCGAGGGAAACUUGUCCAUCAGCAGCUUCCGAAGCGUACUUCAUAAAUCGUCGUGAUGAAACCGUUGUAGGACCCAAAGCUAUAGCUGUUCCUGGAUUCCUCAGCGGUCUGUACCGAACUUACGAGCGGUUCUCCUCAAAGCAUCUGUCAUGGCGUCAAUUGCUCACUCCCACAAUCGACCUCUGUGUACGUGGGAUUACCGUAUCGGAGAGUUUGUCAAAGGACCUUCUGCAAUUCCAAUCGAUGAUCAAGAACGACCCUCUAACGAGAUCCCAGUUCUUGAACGAAACAACGAGAACAGUCCUAGCCAAGGGCGACAAAAUGCUCUGCCCACAACUCGCCAACUUCCUUUCGGAUCUUUCCGACUCCGAAAAUCCUGUCGAUUACUUUUACCGAGGUGAAGGCUCGACAAGGAUUCUGAAGGCAAUCAAAGACGAAGACGCCUUUCUGACUGCACAAGAUCUUGACGACUUUGAAACUGAACACCAAUAUGGACUGCAAUCUCACGUAGAGGAUACGACACUCUGCGGACCUCAUCCACCGUCGCUGUUUGCUGUUGUACAACUAGCAUGGGAAUCAACAGAGGAGGGAUCGUUUUCUGUCUUGGCAGUUGAUGAGAAAGGAGAUGCCGCAUCGUUUGGUUCAUCUUUGGGCGACAAAUUCGGAUCACGCCAGUUCACGAACCUCGGCUUCUUCAUGAACAACGCCAUGGGAAUGUUCACUUAUGGAGCUCAUCCUGGAUCAUUGGAGUCUCGUAAUGCACCACAAGCAGCUAAGUGUCCACGGACACAAAUGUCUCCAAUGAUUGCAUCAAAGAAAGGCCAGACAUCACUUACUGUAGAGGCAAGGAACCUAUUUGAAGAUUCAUACGAUUUCGAACGAAAAUCGAAUGUGUGGCGUAUCUCACGUGGUGUAGAUCUAUGCCGAAAUGUUUGUUAUGUUACUGAGGUGAAAUUCGUCGCAGGUGGAACAAAUUAUGUUGGAUUGUGCCGAGUGGUUACGGAUGCUUUAUUGAGUACCCGAACGUACGCUUCUCCUAUUUCACCAUUACUGUACAGAAACGAAAAUCGAUUGGAAUUGAGAAGUGGAGACGAGGCGCUAUUGUCGGGUUAUUGA